CGUCAGAGCUCAAAGAUGAGGCUUCUGUGUAUAGUGGCGCUGGCCGUCGUCCUUGCGGACGCCUCCAGUCUGCGGCAGAAGCGGCAGCUGAUCCGCAAAAAGGAGAACAACAACAUCGAAGAGCUGUGCAAAGACCGCGGCGACGAGUUCUUCCGUUUGGAGACCGACGGAGACUGCAAAGAGGUCUACAGAUGCGACAGAGGCCGGGCAGUGACCCGGUUGGCCAAGGUCAAAUGCCCCCCGAGCCUUGCUUUCGAUAUCAUGCGACAAACUUGCGAUUGGAGUUACAAGGUUAAGAACUGUGAUCAAAUAUCAAAGCCGAAAAAAGUGCUGCCCUUGCUGAAGACCGACGAGCCACUCUGCCCCACGGGGCAGCUGGCAUGCGGCAACAGCGAGUGCCUCGACCGAGAGUUGUUCUGCGACGGCAACCUCGACUGCACUGAUGAUUCGGACGAGAACGCCUGUGAGGUCGGCGUGGACCCGAACGGCGCCGGCGUCUGUGAACCGGCCGACUGCGCGUUGCCCGAGUGCUUCUGCUCGCCGGACGGCACCCAGAUCCCAGGCGCCCUGGAGCCGGCGCAGACACCGCAGAUGAUCACCAUCACCUUCCACGGCUCCGUCAACGUCGACAACAUCGGCAUCUUCCAGGACAUCUUCCGCGACGACCGCCAGAACCCGAACGGCUGCACGGCCAAGGGCACCUUCUACGUGUCGCACAAAUACACCAAUUACUCGGCCGUGCAGGAGCUGCACCGCAAGGGCCACGAGAUCGGCGUGUUCUCCAUUACCAACGAGGACGACCCCGACUACUGGUCGUCGGGCACCUUCGAAACCUGGUAUGACGAGAUGGCUGGUGCGCGCGACAUCAUCGAGCGGUUCGCCAACAUCACCGACGGUUCCGUCACGGGCGUGCGAGCGCCGCAGCUGCGCGUGGGCGGCAACAACCAGUUCUUCAUGAUGGAGGAGUAUGGAUUCCUCUACGACUCGUCCAUCACGGCGCCGCUGGGCCGCGUGCCCAUCUGGCCGUACACGCUCGACUACCGCAUGCCGCACAAGUGCCUGGGCACCUCGCAGAACUGCCCGUCGCAGUCGCACCGGAUCUGGGAGAUGGUCAUCAACGAGCUGGAUCUGCGCGAGGACAGGAACGUGGACGAGCGCCUGCCUGGCUGCCAUCUGCUCUCCUCGUGCACCAGCAUCCAGUCCAGCGAGCAGUUCGCCCAGAUGCUGCGCAGCAACUUCGACCGCCACUACACGACCAACCGUGCACCACUCGGCCUGCACUUCACCGCCGGCUGGCUGAGCGGCAACAAGAACUUCAAGAAGGAGCUCAACAAGUUCAUCGACGAGAUGCAGGCCAAGAACGAUGUCUAUUUCGUCAGCAACCUGCAGGUGCUGAGCUGGAUGAACAGUCCGACCGAAAGCAACGGCAUCCGUGACUUCGCGGAGUGGAAGGACAAGUGCGACGUCAAGGGUCUGCCUCUCUGCUCGCUGCCCAACCCCUGCCCGCUGACGACCAGGGAGCUGCCCGGAGAGAACUUCUACCUGAACACUUGCAUGGAGUGCCCCAAGAACUACCCCUGGGUCGAAGACUACACUGGCAACGGCUUCGCGCUCUAAGCUGCGUGUCCUUACUGCGGCCUGGCCUGCGACUCUUCAAACAGCGAGUCCUCACUAUGGCCUGACACGGUGGACAUGCUGACGGAGUAGGCUGGCGCCUGACUGCACAGAGUACAAUGUGAUCGCCUGCAUGUGACCCCAAAAGGUGCCGCGUGAGUAGGCUCGGUGUUUUCAACUGUGAUGGAGACGGUGCGGGCCGGUGUCCCGGUGCCAGCCAUCUUCAGAGUGGGCGUCUCCCCGCGGCGUUGGUCCGCCCAGGAGCCUUGUUACGCCACCGGGGCUGGCUCGCGUCCGGCUGGAGCUGGCAGGGCGCACUGGCCAGGAAAGCGCGUCCGCACAGGUCGCCUGCUGCACCAUCCGAUCGUCUGAUAACCUGAGAACGACUGUCAGCCUACCAGCGCCGCAGCUGUCGCCAUGGCAACGGCCAGCGGCGGACCAGGUCGGGGAGUCGGGUGCCGGUGUGCCUGACCGCCGGCCGUCCAAGCUGCAGUCGUCUAGUCAAACGGAUUGGAAAGGCUCGAAACACCUCCGGAGGGGCAUCGUAUCACUUUUCUUGCGAUGGAAGGCGCCUUGUCGAGUCGGACUGUUUCAAAAUCACAUCUGUGUGGCUCCGGGUGAGGGGAUGCGAGCCUUGGGGAACUGAGACAUAUGCCAUCACGUCUCGCGCUGAAGGGAGGUCCUGCUCUUCAUAAGUGUCGCUAGUACCCGUGCGUUUCCUUUUCCGUAUCUCAUGCUGAAAUCAGUCCGUCUUCCUCCACCCGCGCGAUCGCUUUGGCCCACCCGAUCUUUAGGGAUGUUCGUGCAUCGCAUCUGUCCAUGUUAUCGCUGCAACAUGUGCGCGAGUGUUUAAAAUAAAACGAGAGGGUGUCUCGCUCUCUUCACCAGCUUAAA